AGGCUCUAUUAUAAAUAUAAUGAGAGCAACUUACGUUAUUUUAAUUCUUGCCUUUGUGGUCAUGGCUCAGGCUAGUCCAUUGACGUCGUUUAAGAAGGAAGAGAACUGGGGACUGGACUUAGAUGGUUGUCUUCAAGUUGUGGUUGACCUAGGAGGAUGGGGAAUCAAGCUUGUUUAUGGAGUACUCACUAUUGAUACCGAUCUUAUAGCUAAACAGGUGUUCGACAUUCUCAGACUUGUCAAGAAGCUAGGAACGGACUGUCUUGAGGUGUUCCAAGAAAAGAGAAAUUCAUAAGAUCACGAAGAAACUCGGCUCACAAGCCGAGACUAAAUUCAAUUGAUGUAUUGUAAUUUAUUGGUAUG